ACCAAUGCACAUUUUUGUGGGGCGCACCUAACGUUGGUCUUCGCUCGUGGGUUAGAAGGAUGGUCCAUCACAGAGCAGUAACCCAAACGACUUUCCCAUCAGAAACAGCCUCGCCGCGAACCUCUGCUCUCCGUGCAACGCGCACACAUUCGCAUCCUAAAGCAGAUCUUAAAGGCGCGUUUCAUGCUUUCAUGAAGGGCGACUGUGUGGUUAUGCGUGCUUCGUGUAUCGACUCCUCGGUGUUCCAGCACCGCGCACGGACGGAAAUGUGUCUUCCGGGGAAAAGCUAUUUCCAGCCAACGAAACACCGAGCACAACACGCCACGCAACCCGGACAUCUGCAGCUUUUUUCAGCAGCCCGUGCCUUUCCAAGAACGCAUACGGCUUGAGACACAUAUCUAUGGCAAGACGAUACAAGCUGUGUCUCAGCGGACGGCACAAGGGCUGGGGGAAAUCUGAAAGAGGCCCGUAGGAGCUGAAACUCCAGAUUUUGCUAUUUCAUUCUGAUUUUAGUGCAGUCAUUCAUGGAUGUGCAAGCAGAGGCGUGCCCGCCGCACGUGCACACGGUGGAUGAGCCACCGGGAGGCGCCACGGUCCCUGUCACCAGCGCAGAGUUUCAGGGCCGAUCGGUACCGGGGUGUGAUGAAGGGGAAGAUGAGCUGAAGUCGGGCGCUGAAGCCCAAACACCUGCAGCGGUUGAUCCGAUCACAGAGAUCGAGGAUGCUGCCCGUGAAGAGGUGGACAGACAGGCCGAUUGGGAUGCAGGGAAGAGAGCGGGGAAAACCGUGGGGUCCAGCUGCAGCAACGAAAGCUGCGUCCCGACCCCGGGCUGUCGAAUCUGCUUUCAAGGAGCCGAGCAGGGAGAGCUGCUGAGCCCGUGUCGCUGUGCCGGUAGUGUCCGGCAUGCCCAUCAGCAGUGUCUGCUCAAGUGGAUUAGUGAAAAAGGUUCUUGGAGCUGUGAACUUUGCAACUACAGAUUCAACAUACUGCCUAUACAUAUCAAACCACCACAACAGUGGCAGUUGGUCACAAUGACUCUGGUGGAAAAGGUUCAGGUCAUUGCAGUAUUCCUGGGUGCCAUAUUUCUGUUGGCUAGUGUGUCAUGGCUGCUGUGGUCAGCACUGAGCCCGGAAGCGCUAUGGCAACGCAGUGACAUCCUGUUUCAAAUCUGUUAUGGCAUGUACGCUGUCAUGGACCUUGUGUGCAUCGGUCUUAUUGUUCAUGAAGGCGGCGCCGUGUACAACGUGCUCAUGCGUUGGCGAGCUGUCAACGUUCUCUGGGACGUUCAGAACUACGAUAAAAGUCGCGACCUGGACAACACACACGGUCCGAGUCGCAACAUGUGGCUGCCUCUGACGCACACGCAUACAGUUUCAAACACAAACUCGCAGACCACCCAACUGGAGUCAUCGCCUCGGUGCCCCCUUCAUCUUUUCUCCAUGUGCCUGAACGUGACCUCUGACCUGUCCCCACAGGAGCAAAACUCAGGCGAGCUUGUUGUUAGAGUCACGUCAGUCUGACCUCAAACGAACUCAUUCAGGGACCAAUCCACUCUCCCUGCACUGCCCGAUGAUGGGCGGGGCUUAAUGAUGGGGGGAGCCUCAGAGUUGGGAGGAGCCUUACUUGAAAAGCACUUUAAAAGAUACACAAACUGAGUCACAUACGGUGUCGUAUUACGAAGUGUAAUACAACCGAAGUGAGUUUUCCGGAGUUUUAUCACCAACUCUUGAUCAGCCUACAAAGCACACACACAUACAUAGCAUCUGCGAAAUAAUACUUCUGUUAGACAAAUGGAUGUUUGUUGAAAGCCAACUACGGUUUUGUGUUCAGGUUUCUCAUCAUUGGUGUUCAUUGCGCUUGGUUUUAAAUGGACACGGUAUUUUACGUAUCCUCAAAAUGGAUCUUUUGCAUUCCAAUAUGUCAAACGCUGUGUCUCUAGUAUGCCUGUACACACCAUAUGAUGAGUAUAAUACAGCAAAAACGAACCAGAUUUAUUUUUUUUAGGCUCAUAUGAAAGUUUAAAAGUAAUGGAGUUCUUGGUCAACUGAGAAUGGUUACAGAACUGUUUCGGUAACACGAAGGCGAUACAUUUAAAUACAUGUGCUCAAUAACCAUUGUAUCCUUAAAGUGAUAGUUCACCCAAAAAUACAACAUUUGUCAUCAUUUAUUCAGCCUCAUGUCAAUGAAAACCUGUAUAUGAAUAAGAACACACAAGAAGAUAUUUUGAGAAAUGUUUUCAGUGGUUUUGUCUCAAUAUUAUGGAAGGGGGCCAAUGAUGUGUGGUUACCAACGUUCCUCAGAAUAUCUUCUUUUGUGUUGUGCAGAAAACAGAAAGUCAUACAGGUUUAAAAUGCCACGAGGGUGACCUCAAAUGACAGAAUUUUCACCUUUGGGUGCACUAUCCCUUUAAGAUAUCAAACCGGGGUGGGUUGCCAGGUGAUUGGCUGUUUGAUGCAAGAAGGGAAUUACUUUAAGCCAGAUGCAUAUGUGAUAUAAAGGAUAAGAAUUGAAAAGAGAAAUAUAUGUUUUAGUGUCAUAAGCACAAUGAUAGACUUGGAUAUCCCUACUGCUUCCAAGAUGUGACGCAGUGGUUCAAGCCAACAAAGAACCUUUUCAGAAAGCACUGGACAGAAUUUGGAUGAAACAGGUUUACAAUUCCAGCGGCCCUUGCAUGUUUAUUUGUGGAAUAAUUGGGCUAAUUUAAUAAUGCUAGGAGUGUAGACAUUACAGACCAAUUCAUUGUGUGAUUUUUGUCCCCAAAAACCAAUGCAUGUGAAGUCCACCGAUUCAUACUGGGUGUAUUCUUCAGCUGUUUAAAAGGGUACGAACAACAACAUAUUUACCAAUGUCCACUUGAGAGUAAGAACAGAUAAUCAUUUUGACUUGUAAAAUGCAUAACUCCAUUUGGAGUCACAAGACGCUGGAAUAUUUGACCGGCAUACAUUAUUUGGUGCUAGCCCA